AUCGGCUAUAAAACCAGUCCACGCCUUCAUAUUUUCAGCACAAAACAUAGCAAAAACUAGUCAGUAAGAGCUUCAUUUUAGAGCUGAGAAAUGGUCUCCAAUACUAUUUUCUGGUUUCUGGCUCUUACAAGCUUGUUCUUGAGUUUGAGUUUGAGUUUUUCGGAUGCUCAAAUGGUUCCUGCUGUGUUUGUGUUCGGAGACUCUUUGGUUGAUGUUGGCAACAACAAUUACCUUCCUCUUUCAGUUUCCAAAGCAGAUUUUCCUCACAACGGUGUCGAUUUUCCCACCAAGAAACCGACUGGGAGGUUUACAAAUGGCAAGAAUGCUGCUGAUUUUCUUGCUGAGAAAGUGGGGUUACCCAGUUCGCCGCCAUAUCUUUCCUUAAAAUCCAACAAAAAUGAGGCACCAUUAUUCCUCACUGGUGUUAGCUUUGCCUCUGGAGGUGCAGGAAUCUUCAAUGGAUCUGAUCAAACUCUUCAUCAAUCAAUUCCUUUACCUACCCAAGUGGAAUACUAUGCAAAUGUGUACAAAGCUUUAGUGCAACAGCUAGGAACCUCCAGUGCACAACAGCGCUUGGCCAAAUCUCUCUUUGCCAUUGUGAUCGGUAGCAACGAUAUCUUCGACUAUUCUGGAAAAUCCGACCUUCAAAAGAAGAACACGCCCCAGCAAUAUGUCAAUCUAAUGGCUAACUCUCUGAAAGGACAGUUAAAGAAACUGUACAAUUAUGGUGCACGUAAAUUUGUGUUUCCUGGGCUGGGGCCUAUUGGGUGCACUCCGCUACAAAGGGUUAAGAACCAAACAGAAGAAUGCAGUAAAGAGCUAAGUAACUGGGCCGCUAUGUACAAUGAGGCACUCAAGUCAAUGUUGCCGGCAUUACAAGGAGAGCUCAAGGGCAUAUCUUACUCCUACUUUGACACUUACAAUGUUAUGCUAAACAUCAUUAAUAAUCCAGCCUCUAAUGGCUUUAAAGAGGUUAAAUCAGCUUGCUGUGGGCUUGGGAAACUGAAGGCCAAAAUCCCUUGCGUCCCCGUUUCUACCUAUUGCGCCAACCGAAGUGAUCAUAUCUUUUGGGAUUUUGUCCAUCCAACACAGGCAGUUACUCGCAUUUUUGUGGAUACUAUUUUUGAUGGUCCAUCACAAUACACAUUUCCGAUGAAUGUGAGGCAUCUGGUAUCUGUUUAAGCUUUCAGGAAUAUGAACUGAAGAGCAUAUUAAAAAGAUCCAAAAGGAAUAUAUAAACUUUGUCAAAUCAUAUUUAAAGUGAUGCUUGUAUAAAUUUCUUAAGAAAAAUCAAACUAGCUAGUAAUAAAUCAGAACCUUUGAUGCAAUUAAGAGGGGAACAAGUCUUGGAA